UCGACAAAAGAGACCCUAACCCUCUCAGUCUGUCGGUAAUUGUGCAACAUCUUUAAUUGGCCACUUGUAAAGACUUUAAUUUUUAUUAAGAGAACAAGAACAUUUAACUGCGAGAAUUAACUCACUAUUGUCGAUUAAAUGACGUCAAAUGAAAGAUUUUGCCAAACACCUGCUUUUAAAAUCACCGCCUCGACUGGAGUGUAUUGACAGGUGUGCUUCAUCUUUGUCGCUAAGCUUUGAAGAAACCUCAGAUGAACUCGUGUGCUCUCUUUCAGGCGGAGACAGACAACGCUGCCAAUUGGCCGGAAAGAACUCAUACCUGCCAGGUGGAGGUGAAGGCCGUGCCGUGAUUGGCUGAGGGGUGUUCAAGGGGAGUGGUUGGACUCCUCCCACUUCCCUGUCUACUAAAAAAGGCACAGUCAGAGGCAACAAGUUGUUAAGCUACUGAGGAGUUGGAGAUCAACAGCUGAACAUCUGAGGCAGAGACAAGCACCAAGGAGUGAAACAACUGGGAUAACAGAGAAAUCCACAGAGUUGCCAAGCUGACAGACAGACAGAUUGACUUCUCAGACAAAAAAACAAAGAUGGCCUCCGUCGCUCCAUUCAGCCGCAGGCAGUGGGCAUCCCAGUCGCUGAGGGUCACCGCCAAGGAGCUGUCCAUUGUCUCUACCAGGGGCAAAAACAAUGCCAUCGCAGAGCGCUUCUCCAAAUACCAGAUGGCAGCAGAGGAGGGCAAUGCAGAGAGGAAGAAGUCGGUUGUGGAGCCCUUGCCCGCCACACUGCGCAGUGGGAAUCUAAGUGUUUUAAAGAAACGCUGGGAACAGCAGCAGCAGCAGCAGCCACCCUGCCACAGAGCUCCGCUUCAGGCCUCAUCCUGCAUCCCUGCUGUACCUCAGAGCCACAUCAGCCCCCCUACGGGUCCUAAACCCAGACCUGCCUCACAGAUCGAGACCCACGUUGACACACCGACAGCCACCGCCCACUCUCAGAACCAGGACGUCCAGAUCAGGGACCAAAGCCAGACUGAGACGGAGAUAGAAGUGCAUUCUCAGCCCGGGUCGUCCCAGUCUUCCUUCAGCUCAAAGGAACCAGCAGACAUGGAGAGGAAGCAAGAGGGAGCAGCGGCUGAAGUGCCUGCUUCCGAGAAGCCCAACAUCCCCCUCAACAGCCUCAAGAUGAUGUUCGAGAAGGGAGAAAACCUGUCCGACAAGGUGUCCAGAGAGCAAACGAACAGCGGUAAUACUGCCAUGGACCAGCUACUAGGAGAUGGAAGUCUUGCUGAGUCCACUCCUCUCCGGGACAGGAUGGCCCUCUACCAAGCUGCCAUCUCCAAACAGGACGUCCUCCCCACGUCAGUCAGCAGCGAUCAGCUGGACAGCUACUGUGGGAAGCAGAAGGAGAACGUUCCUCCAUGCCCUCUGGACGUGGGUCCAGAGUCUGAACCCAACAGCAGGAAAGCUUCAACCUCAGAGAGCAACGGAUCCAGCAGCGGCACAACAGCCUCCCCCAGUCCGAGAGACGCCUCUCAGCCCAAAGCCACCAGGAGCUUCCGUCUGCCAGCAAGGGAGACUUGUGUGUCCUGUCUGAAGACUGUUUAUCCUCUGGAGAGGCUGGUGGCCAACCAGCAGGUUUACCACAACACCUGCUUCCGCUGCACACACUGCAACACCAAGCUCAGUUUGGGAAAUUACGCCUCCCUGCACAACAAUGUCUACUGCAAGCCCCACUUCUGCCAGCUGUUCAAGGCCAAGGGAAACUAUGAUGAGGGCUUUGGCCUCCGGCCCCACAAGGAGCUCUGGGAGAGCAAAGCCGACGGUAGCGAGACCUCGCCACAGUCCAAGAGUCAGGACAAGCCAAAGAUCCAGACCCCCCCCUCGGCCUCAGACCUGGAGAGUCCCAGUGUGGAGGAGUCCCCGCUGGCUAAAGUCAACGUCUUGACAGCUACCAUGGAGACUCUGGGCCAGGGGUCACCGGAGAGGGCCGAAAGACCCACCGAGACCCGCAAACUGAAGAUCUCAUGGCCACCGCGGACCGAGCCAGAGGACACAAACAGCCAACCUGAAGUCAUGCUGCCUGUAACGACCGCAGAGGGGGGCUCUGUCAACAGGCCCGUCCGAGCCAAGUGGCCCCCUGAGAAAGACGACGACUCCUCAUCUGCAGAUCACAGCCCAGAGGCCAGCGAGCUGUCCAGCCUGUGCCGAAGCUCCUCUCUGAAGGAACGCAGCCGGCCCUUCACACUGGCCCUGCAGACUCCUGAGGCCAGACAGCAGAGCCCGCCCCCUCCCUCUGAUUCGCAGGCGGCGGAUGAGGGACAAGGCAGCCCCGAGCCCACAAGCAUGGAGCUGCAGCCCGGGGGCCAGUCGUCAGACAGCCACACGCCCACAGAGGACAGCUGUGUGGAUGUGCACAGCAGCUCGGGGGAGGAAGAGGAGGUGGAGAUGAAGAACGGAGACAUGCCAGAUGCUGGGCUCACUCAAGAGGAAGAGCACAACAAAACCCGGGAAGCAGAGGGGGAGCAGCUUGAGGACGAGGAGAUGGAGGGAGAGGAUGGUUUAGUGGAGGAGGAGGAGGAGGAGAAGCAGCAGGAGACACCCACUGAGCCCACGGCCAUCUUGUCCCCCGAGGGUGAGGCAGAGGCCAGCCGAUCGUCCCAGGACGUUGGAUUCUGGGACAGCGAGGAGGCCGACGACAGGGAGGAGGAGCAGCAGCCAGAGCAGGAGGAGCUGAGCGUGGAGGAAAUAAUCAAACGAAACAGGUACUAUGAGGAUGAAGAGGAGGAGGAGGAUGUAUAAACUGCACAGACUUUUGUCAGCUCUUGGCCAAGAAGAUGACAGCCAUGAAAACCCUCUGGACUGCUUGCCAUUCCCGCUCUCGUAGAUUUGGAUGUUAGAUUUGGUUUCUCCUUGUCCCGUCAUCCUCAGAGCAGUUUCUGCAGUGUCUGGCGCGCACUCUGAGCUCUUUAUUUGUGCCUCUUUGAACUGUUAAAAACCUUUGUGACAUUUAAAGCCAUUGUUACAAAUUAGGUUAAACCCAUUAGAUAGAUUUUAUGAGACUGUCAGCACCUUUGACACGCUGACAUUAAUAGUUUUGAAAUGCACACAGUUCCUGUUCCAUUUAUUUUUCUGGACAUUUUAAAAAUUUUAUAACCUUUUGAAUCUAUUUUAUUUUUCUCUGACUCCUAUGAUCUUUUUUCAUAGGCGCCUCCUAUAUUGUCAGUUAGUUGAAUAAGUAAAGAUGGCCUCAUUUUUAUCAGCAAGAUGUAGAAAACCUUGCAGCUUUGCAAAAGGUGCACAGUUGCACAAAAUUGACUUAUAAAGGAGUCAAGAGCAACAGGAAAGCAAAGAGAAGAAAUGAGCUUUGCUGUUUGGGGAAAGGAAGUCCAGUGGUUUGAUCUGUUGUCUCAGUUUCUGCGAGUUUUGUUUGGGUUUACUUUGUGAUAGCCUUUCUUUGAAGAUACACUUUUUUUUGUAUGUACUGGUGAAACUUAAAAUGUCACAUGCACAUUAAUGACCUUUUAAAAUUGGGACAACUCGCACCACAUUAUCUUUCCUUUAUGUUACUUUGUUUUCCAUUCUGAAGAUUUAUGACCGGGUGAUGUGUACUGUACCUAAAUAAUGUUGUACUGUUUG